CUGUAAUUUGUCAUUUGUUCUCUCACACACACCAUUCACACACGUACGUACGUGAUCAUGUCUGAUGCUUUUCAUGCGGCUGAUGUUUCCGCUGUUCUACUUGCCUUGUAAAUUAAGUUAUUUGUUGCGUAUAUAAAUAAAACCGUCCUGAAAGCCAAUAUUGUGGGGGUACUUGUAGCUACUAUACGUGCAUCGGAAGCCUUAAAAGUUGUGCCAGCUAGUAUUAACUGGACAGUUGCAGAGAGCGAGCCGUGCAGGAGACUUGUUCAACAGGCAGACUCGGGACACAGCCAAACCGUUUUGCACAGUGUUCUUAGCCUAACCGCCACCAUGAGCUUUGCCGAACAAAUCCAGGCGAUGAUGCCGGACUUGGUCAACGGGAAGACGCACCAACAAGUGGAGGAGAAGUUGGCGGCUUUUGACAGGAUGCAAGGCAGCCAUGUCGUGAAUGGGUUCAAAUUCCCGGCUGCCGUACAACCAUCCAAUCUGGAAGCCCUGAAGACUUUCGAAGUGCGCGAUGACGACGUUUACGUCUUCACCUACCCAAGAUCAGGCACUCACUGGGUGGGCGAAAUAAUGCAGUAUAUCCUCCACGAUGGGAGGGGCGAUUAUGACCGCACUUUCAUGAACAUCGGGCUGGAAUUCACGAUUAAAGAUGACCUGAUUCAAUUUGAUGGUGUGACCCCCGGGUACAAGAAGUACGCAGCCAUGGCAUCGCCACGGUGCAUCGUAAGCAACUGCUUGGAGAGCUUUCUUCCUCCCCAAAUCUUUACUAAGCAUGGAAAGGUAAUUUACGUGGCCCGAAAUCCGAAGGACGUGCUCGUUUCUUUAUACAACCUGAUGGGGGCAGAACAAUUGGAUUUUGAUGAGAUGUUCUUCGGAUUCGUCCAAGGGAAAGUGGUAUUGGGAUGUUGGUUUGAUCACGUGCUCAGCUAUUGGAACCAUCGGGACAAGGAGAAUUUUCUGUUUAUAAAGUACGAAGAUCUCCACAAGGACCUCAGGGGCUCCAUUUGCAAACUAGCAAAGCAUGUCGGGAAGGAUCUACCCGAUGACGUCAUCGAUGACAUCGUGGAACGCGUGACCUUUGGUGGGAUGCAGAAGACUUAUCAACAGAUUGAGGAGGAACACGGGGAGGAGGGAAAACUGAUGACGCGUUUCUUAGGAGUAACUCCGUGGCUUAGAAAAGGAAAAGUCGGCAACUGGAAGAACACUUUCACGGUGGCACAGAGCGCCCUCUUCGACAAGAUCUACGCCCUGAGGAUGGAAGGGACCGGCUUGGAUUUUGACUUUGAGCUUUGAGAGCCCCGAUAUGAGUCGGGCUGCACUAGCUUGUAUAGUACUACUGGAUGUACAUGUACUUCCUCUGUGUAUUUCAUUCUGUAGAGCUUCACCAGAUAAAUAGCCUACGAUUAGAAUUUCAGGUGCGAAACAGCGCAGCAUUACACAAUUUCAAAGCACUGCAUACAAUUAAAUUCUCAGUCCUUCGAGCAUUGUCCUUCUUCGCUGGUUGUUUCUGCAAGAACAACCCCUAAUCUAUAAGGCCGGGGCAUGUUCCGAGAGUUCGGUGCUUAAUUUUGGCAAGCACUGCUUUGAAAUUGUCUGUGCUGUUCGGUUUGUACUAGUACACGCGUGGCUAACUGAGUUUGUAUUGCACGCACUUUAUAUCCAGAACGCGCGGAAACACAUCCCAAAUAUUGUAUAUUUCGCACACCGAUCACUCGCUGCUGAGGUCUGAUAAUUGCCUCAUUUUUGAAGAAAUAAAUUCAAGACAGGAUCCAUUAAUUUAAUUAUCCGUUUAUAUGUAGGGUUUUCAAAUAUCAUGCAACAUCGAUUUAAACAAAAACAAAAAAUCCAGCACGAGCCAGUUUUCACAACAGUUAUAACCUUUGUUGAUUAACGGGGAUGCUGUAGAAUUACAAACAGUUUCGACAAUACUUGUUCCCCAACAAUUAAUCACUGUAUUUAAGCAAUAAAAACAAACCCUCUGUUCCUUUCGAUGAUUUUCACAGAGAUUUUUGCUGUAGUUGGUUGUAAAACAACAUAAUGUUUAACAGUGCACAGAUGUAAAAUCAAUUCCUAGUCCAAAUAUACUUAAUUUAUUCAAAGAAAUCACAUCAGAAUACUGACAAGAUGCAUUUUAUAAUGAUUUUAAGGUUGAACGGCGAAAUUUACUGCAGCGGGGUUCGAACCUGGGACCUCUGGAUGGCCGUAUUAUAAAUAUAAUUAUACGUGUAAUACAUUCUCAGUUGUAAAAUCGCUAAAAUUUGCUGAUAACUAUCAGUAAAUAAAUAUUGAAAAUAGAAAAUAUAAUCGGA